GACGUAGCGAAACGUCAUCAAAUUGCGUCACGCACCGCGUAUGUUCGCUUGUGUGACUUCCAAGUAAGAUUGAUUUGUAAAUAGGUAAACAUGCCUAUGAAAGGGAGGUAUCCGAUCAGAAGGACGCUGGAGUAUCUCCAGAAGGGCGAGAUCAUCUUUAAGAAGAGGGUGAAGAUCAUGACGGUGAAUUACAACACACACGGAGAGCUCAGCGAAGGAGCAAGGAAGUUUGUGUUCUUCAACAUCCCGCAGAUUCAGUACAAGAACCCGUGGGUCCAAAUAAUGAUGUUUAAGAAUAUGACACCAUCACCCUUCCUAAAGUUUUACCUGGAUGAUGGUGAACAAGUCUUGGUGGAUGUGGAGGGAAAGGACUACAGGCAAAUUUCACAGCAUGUUAAGAAGAUUCUGGGUAAAUCAGAUGAAGUGCUGCAUGCUGAAGCUCAAGCCAAGAUGCAGGCGUCCCACCCUGCCAACUUCGGCCCAAAGAAGUACUGUCUGAGGGAGUGCAUCUGUGAGGUGGAGGGCCAAGUUCCUUGUCCCAGCACCACUCCUCUGCCAAAGGAGAUGACGGGCAAAUACAGAGCCAAGAUGGCAGAGUCACAGGACUGAGAGGCCGAGCAGCUCACUUUUCCAUCUCCUCUUGCCUUUUAUCUGGCUGUGAUGGCUAUAUUAAAGGACAUAUGCUCCAGCCAGAAGCUGCAGGAUCGCACUGACACAUGAUGAUCUGCUCCACCAUUUUCACACAGACUUUUAAUACUCAUCAAUGCAGAUGUUAACAUCGAACUCUCCAUGUCUCAUCUAUGUGAAAUUCUGUGCAGGUUAACAUGUAUGCUUGAGUUACUGCUGGGAUAAAGUUUUACACUCAAAAGUUCUCAGUCUCGUGCAUGUAAGUGAUGGCGUGAAACAUGCAUAAUCCAUAUUGACUCGUCCUGCCAAAAUGAUACCAUUCCUGGGAACAAAGAAACCCCCAUCUGCUGUUCUGUUGUACUAAUUGAUGUCAGUGAUUUUUCCACUGCUCUAAAAGAACUCCUUCAAUCUAAUCAUAAUGUGGCUGGCACAAGUGCAUAUUUGAAAAUUAGGAUAUCAUAAGAGAAUUUAUUUCACUAAUUCAAAUAAGAGUUAUCACCAUCAUAAGUUCUCUACCCUCUGAUAUAAUUUGUGUCAAAUUACAGUAAUGGCCUUUUGUUGGUUCGGGUGUUUCUAAACGUUCCUGCAGAGUCUCCAUAAAGCUUGUCAGCAGAAGGAAGCACGAAGUGUUGCAAUAUUUCCUGGUACUUUCUAGUUUUUGGACUAGAAAAAGCACAACGGACCAACAUGAUUCUGAAGUCAUCAGCAAGUUUGGAAAUUUCACACUGAACUUCAGGCAACUCGAGACUCUGAUCCUCUCCAUGUGUUCUCUAGACUUCGAUUUCUAAUUUAAGUUUAAAGAGGAGUUUGUACCAUUCGUCAGUUUUCUCAAUUUUUCUGGUACCUCUGACUCCAGCUGAAGUUCACACCUCUCCAACCUCCGCAACUCUUGAAUUUCCUUUACAUCACAAUGCUCUCAAGGUUUAAUUAUUCCUGUUUAAGUUAUUCUACACCUUUACCUUCCACCCAACUUUCCAGCAAUAUGGAGGAUGUCUACUUCAACUGGAAUCCCCAUGGUUGGGUUAGCUUUAAUAUUUCUCUAUUUUUAUUGCUUGUACAUGAUUUAUGUUUUAAGAGAAUGAAUCUUGUGUUACUGCAGGUCAAAAUUAACAGGAAUAUUUAAAACACACAGGUUGGGUUGUGAUGGGUCUAUACAAGUUUCAUGUUUAAACCUAUUUUUUUCUGAAAUAAAACUCCCACAUAUGUAAUUCCAAUUAAUUACAUGUGUAUUUUUUUUUAACCUGCCAGGAGAUUAGAAACAAAGUUAGGAACAAAAAAAACCCAUCACAAAAUAUUGUUACAGAUGAAUUUAUUUGUGUUGAAGAAACUUCCUCUUAUUAAAGUGAUGGCUGUGAAUCAU